AUGCGUCAGGAAUCCGCGAAAGACUCGGAUACACAAGAAGUCGACAUUGCAGCUACUCCACGGACUGGGAGUAACGAACACCGGGGGACUUCUACAGCCAAUUCUGAAGAUUCAGCUGAGCAGACUCUGACCGGAGAAACCCUGUACGGUACAAAAGAAGACUUCACGCGUAAAGAGGCGACAGUAACUGGUUUCAUGGGGCCGACUUCAGAGGUGACUUGGAUGCAGACCAUACUGGAUGGUAACAAUCUCGACGACUUCCCGCCAACCUCGACGCAUCCUCGUCGCGACGCUGAAAGGCACUAUACUGACUCCCAUUUAUCAAGCUCCGGACAACUUCAUGGCAAUGACACAGCCCGUAUGGCGGAGGUGGAUCACUAUUUCACGAUAAACAGCGUAAGUUACCAUUUGGAUGACGCUCCACUUUCUACCUUACAACCUGUCGAACCAUACGACUUGCCACUGGCCGAGACUGCACAGUUUUUGUUCUAUACUUAUCUCCAACAUGCGCACUCAACGUUCCCAAUUAUUGGAAAAUCCACCCUUACAUCACAAUUUCACCGAUUCUUGUCGAAACCCUUUCAAAGACCUCCUGACGUGUGGCUCGCAAUUAUCAAUAUGAUUUUUGCCAUUGCUGCCAGGUAUGCCACUCUUGUUGGGGUCGACCCUGGCGGAAAUGUGGAAGACCAUCUUGUGUACUUCACCAGGGCCAGAUAUCUCGCUAUUGAUAGCGAGACAUUGUUCAAGUUCCCGGACCUGCAGCUCAUCCAGGUAUUUGGGUUGAUGACUUUCUAUUUUCUCUGCACCAGCCAAAUCAACAGAACUAAUAUGAGAAGAGCUUGGGUGUUGAUAGGCAUCGCUAUGUCCCACGCAACGGCUCUUGGCUUGAACUUGCGCAACGAUAGUACCCAAUUAAAAGACCAUUUGAAGGAGAUCCGCUACCGAGUUUGGUGGAGCCUCUAUGUUCUCCAGCAUCGACUCUGCAUAAUUACCGGACGUGUCACUUAUGUCCUCGACCAACAAUGCUCAACGCCGCUCCCAGUUCCCCUCGAAGAGGAUGAGUUUGAUACCGACAGAGGUGUGGAGCUCCUUGCGAAGGAAUCCCAACUAGGGCCUCGAGCACCCUCUUCAAAUACGCGUGUCCCGAACCGAUCGACAUCCACAUGUUCCACUGAUGGAGAUCGCUCUUUUCCACCGCACCAGCAACCCCAAUCGUCGACAACCAUGUCGAUGCCACAAGUUGGAUUAUCCUGGGCAAAAGAUAUCACGGCUAACCCGUCACUUUACUUUCUCCAUCUCACGCAGUUAGCAAGGCUCAGCCAAAGUUUACUUUCUCAGAUUCAGAGCAUUGCUAUUGGUACCCGCCAGUCGUCCCGACUCGAAGAUCUUGGAUUUCAACUUGAAGACUGGGUUCGCAAUCUUCCGUCAGUUUUCGACUUCCGGCGCAACAAUAAGGAACAAAGUUUCCGUGAACUCAGACUUAGUCUAGGGUUCUUCUACUAUGGAACACAGAUGAUAACCUACCGAUCCUUUUUGGACCGAUUGCCGGAUCUAAACCUUACUUGUCAGUCCAAAGAUUCGGAUAAUUUCGACUUUUCAGCUGCCACACAUUGUGUUGAAGCGGCGAAGGCUAUAAUCCACCUCGUCCCUGACGACUCCAAUGCCGAAGAUAUUAUGCAGUGCGGACCUUGGUGGUCUGUUUUACCCUGGCUCGUGCAGUCAACUUUGAUCCUAAUUCAUUGGCUAUCUUUUCCUGUGUAUCGUGCAGCUGGAGGUUUCCGCGAUACCUUGGGAACUUUGAAGAGAGCAAUAAGGCUGCUCCACGUACUCAGCGAGCGCAAUCUCUCUGCCAGUCGAGCCUGGAGCCGAUGCAACCUUAUGUUGCGUGCAGUAGCAGCUAAGUCUGAUGUGGACGUUAAUGAUCUUCCAGUGGAGACUCUAUUUCAUGGUACUCCUCCUUCAGCACACGGCACACUAAAUACUAGAGGAGUGCCUUCACAUGAGGCCAAGGCACCUUUUCAACACUUCCCCGUCACCCGUACGAUUCUCACGAGCAACCAGGCGUCUUCACCUCUUCAAAACCAUGUCGGUGUAAAUGGUUUUAUGCUUUUUGAUCCCCUGCUCGGAUGGAGGGAACCUAUUGACGUGAACCGUACAGAAGGGGGGUUCUAUCACACUGCCACCUAUUGA